GGCAAUUUGGAUCCAUGUGCUCUAUACGCCCCAAACGAUGAACUCCGCUCGUUGAUCAACCAAAUGCUCCAACAGUUCAGCUCGUCACGCUACAUCGUGAAUCUGGGACACGGAAUUUAUCCAGAUGUAGAUCCAGAUAAAGUGAAGCUUUUUGUGGAUCAGGUGCACAAGUCUUCCACGGAUGAGCGACCCGAAUGA